GUUAAGCAGGUCGUACAUUUAGGCCUAUAUAUAUGAAUCUCCAUUUCUUGUAAUUCAUAAAUAAAAAACAUUAAAAAAAAUAACAGAGCAAUUACAUUUAAUUUGUAGCACAAAAAUGGCUAAGGCCAGAGCAAGUUCUUCCUCUACAACAACACUAGCCAUUGUUCUUCUCUGCAUGACCCUCGUCGGCCAGUCUUAUGGUCAAUUGAAGCAAGGAUUCUAUUCCGGAAAAUGUAGCGCCAACGUCGAAAGUGUUAUCUUCGAUAUAGUUCUUAAGGCUUACCAAAAUGAUAACACCAUUGUGGCUGCUCUUCUUCGAAUGCAAUUUCAUGAUUGUUUUGUUGGGGGAUGUGAUGCAUCUAUCUUGUUAGAUGGAAGCAACGCCGAGAAAUUUGCACCAUCAAAUGGCAGUGUUCGAGGUUAUGAGCUCAUCGAUGCUUGCAAAGCUAGAUUGGAGCAAUUGUGCCCAGGACUUGUCUCUUGCGCCGACAUCAUUGUCAUAGCAACUAGAGUUGCAGUUGCCUUGGCUAAAGGAAAUUGGUACGAAGUUGAAACUGGAAGAAGAGAUGGAUUCUUUUCAACUAUAACAGAAGCCGAGAAGAACCUCCCUCCACCAACUAUCUCAGUUUCAAAUGCUAUUAAGCUAUUCAAUAGCAAGGGAUUGAGUUCUUAUGAUUUUGUGCUCCUCUUAGGAGGUGGUCACACAGUUGGAGUCAUUCAUUGUAGCAAGUUCCUAGACCGGUUAUACAAUUACCAGAACACCGGUAAACCAGAUCCAUCAAUGAAUUCAGCAACUCUUUCGUCGUUCCAACAAAGAUGUCCUCGCAGUGGAUCAAACAACUUUGUUUUCGCUGACCAAACCGUAGGAAGUGAGUUCAAGGUGGACAACGGUUACUACCAAGCAAUUGCACAAGGCAAGGGUGUACUCGAAAUCGAUCAACGUAUUGCAAGUGAUUCACUUACCAAGGAUUCAGUGAAGAAGUUGGCUUGGACCAAUAACUUAUUCGCCUACCAAUUUGGUUACGCUAUGGUCAAGCUUGGUAAGGUUGGUGUCCUUACUGGCUCACAAGGUCAAGUUAGGUUGAAUUGCCGCCGUAACAACUAACAACACCCACCACAAUCUACAUGGUUCGUUGUCUGAACGACGUUGUUACUUAUAUUUGAUGGCUUAACUAUCAUUCUCUUUCAAUUCAAGCUCUUAUGAACUUGUUCGUUAAUUUUCAUUACCAUUUCAUUUCUUCAUUUGUUUUUAGUUUUGGAUAUUUGUUGAGUAAGAGAGUGUUUGAAUUCUCUGUGGAACUAUAUAGGUUCUAAUUUCGGUUUGUAUUAACAAAAGGCGUAUAAUACAAUGGGAAUUGAUCUUUCAUUUA